CGUCGGAGUGCUAGUGCUGCUGCCGGUGUGCGCGCAUCCUUCGCGGCGGCCGCCCGCCUCGCCUCGCCCCUCGCCUCGCCUCGCCUCCCCGGGCGAAAGAGGAGCGGCCGCCGCGGCCGGAGGGAGGAGGAGGGAGCUGGGAAGGCGCCGGGCCAGCCGACGGGGCGAUCCUCGGGCCAGCGCAGCGCGGCCAUGAGCGCCGCCGACUCCCGGGACUACGUCUCCCGUCGGGCCAUCCCGCAGCUCUUCGAGAGCAUGCUCACCGGCCUCAUGUACUACCGCCCUGACGAUCCCGUCGCUUACCUGGAAUGCUGCUUGCAGAAGGUCCGGGACAUGGGGGGUCCCGAAAUGGUCCAGUGGGAUACUUUCGUCACCCCGGAACGGCGAACCCUGCACCCCGUGGGCAGCGGGCAGGCCAAGAGAUUCGUCUUCCACGCAGGCCUGGCCUCAGCACCGUACGGUCACUGUGAGCGCCUGCCGCUCGUCGAGAGCCAGUUUUCCAUUGAGAGCGACACAGACAUGACGGAAUCUACGGGCCUGAUCCAGGAAUAUGAUGUCUUCGACCCUGGCCGUCCGCGUCCGAAGAUCAUCUUUGUGAUAGGGGGCCCCGGUAGUGGGAAGGGGACUCAGAGCAGCAGGAUCGCCUCCCAUUUUGGCUUCAUCUGCAUCUCCGUCGGCGAGAUCCUGCGAAACCAGAUGAUCCACCACGCCACCAGCAACCGGAAGUGGGAGUUGAUUGCCAAGAUAAUUGCCAAUGGGGAACUGGCCCCAUCGGAAACCACCAUUGAGGAGCUGAAGCAGCAGUUCAUCAAGCAGCCGGAUGCGAAGGGUUUUGUGGUGGACGGCUUCCCCCGAGACAUCACCCAGGCCUUCACGUUUGAGGAGCAGAUCAGCUCCCCAGACCUCGUGGUGUUCCUGGCGUGUUCAAGCCAACAGCUCCGGCAGCGGCUGGAGAAGCGAGCCCAGGAGCAGGGCCGCCUGGAUGAUAACGCCCACGCCAUCGAGCGCCGGCUGGAGACCUUCAAGCAGAACGUCCCGUUGAUUGUGAAAUAUUACCAGGAAAAGGGCACCAUUGUGCGGUUUGAUGGGGACAGAGAGGAAGAGGACGUGUUUGCCGGGAUCAGCACCUGCGUCCAGCACUGGCUGCUGCCCCAGGCGAUGGAGUUUCCAGAGUCUCCGUUCCUAGCUCCUUUGGAUUCUCUGUUCAGCCCUAGCCAGGAGUCUCCAAAGGAAGACGAAAACAAGACGGGGCAGGCUGAGGAGCUCCUCAUCCCAGAUCUCUUGAAGAUGGCAGAAAAAUUGAAGGACCACAAAAUCAUCUUUGUCGUCGGCGGACCGGGCUCGGGAAAGGGGACCCAAUGCGAGAGGAUAGUUGCAAAAUACGGAUACACUCACCUGUCCACCGGUGACCUCCUGAGAGCAGAAGUUGGCUCUGGCUCGGAAAGGGGGAAGAAGUUGUCCGCCAUCAUGGAGAAAGGAGAACUGGUACCCCUGGACACUGUCCUAGAGAUGCUGAGGGACGCCAUGGUUGCCAAGGCAGACGUCUCCAAGGGCUACUUGAUUGACGGCUACCCCCGGGAGGUGAAGCAGGGUGUGGAGUUCGAGAAGAAGAUUUCAGCCCCGACAUUGCUGCUGUACGUAGAUGCCGGCAAGGAUACCAUGGUGAAGCGGCUGCUGAAGCGGGGCGAGACCAGCGGGCGGGUGGACGACAACGAAGAGACGAUCAAGAAGCGCCUCGAUACAUACUACACGGCCACCGAGCCGGUCAUUUCUUUCUACGAGAAAAGGGGGAUCGUCCGCAAGCUCAACGCGGAAGGCUCCGUGGAUGACGUUUUCCUCCAGGUCUGCUCUCAUCUGGACGCCCUGAAGUAAAAGCGCCGAAGGACCCCCCCCCCGGCUCCCGGCCCACGCUGAGCCUCCUCCUCACCAGCCGCGAACCUCCAUUCCCGCUGCCCCCCCUUCCCUGCAGAAGCGCCCCCCCUCGCCUCCCCCCCUCCUCCUCCUCCUCCUCCUGAUCCCUCGCCAUCUCCAGUUGGAUCUCGAGGCGGGGAGUGGGCUGUGACAGCGGACAUGGCUUCAUCCUGUUUUCGUGGACAGAGCUCCGUGGAGGAAAUUUCAAGGACAUGGUGUCUGGCUUCCUAGCCUUCUCUCCAAAGUAAAGUUAACUUUCAUGAGUUGAGACGGGCUUUUUAAAAUCCUCCCCCCGCCCCCUUCUUUUCUUCUUCUGAGUGCAACAGGAAAGGUUUCUGUUCUCGGUUCCUCACUCCAGGGGUUGAUUAAGGGCAGGAAAUGGCUGUUUAUCCCACUCCGAGGCAUCCGUGGCAGAAGGGAAUCUCUUGUUUUUCUCUUUUCUCCGAUGGGUGGCCGAAGCAGGCGUGGGUAUGGAAGCAUCCAGCGAUCCUAAAAAUGUAAUUCAAUAAAUAGGUGGAGAGGAACGGUGGGGUGGAGGGCUGCAAGUUGACACCCCUGGCAUACAUGAUGGAAGGCUCACCUCCUUGGAAAGCAUUCCCUGUAUGUAGAAAGCUAGCUUAUCAGGAAAUAGGCUGAUUUGGACCCUGCAGUGCUAGCUUUCUCUGUGCAAGGAUUGUAUACAGAUUGUACGUAGAAAGCUAGCAUAACAGGAAGUAGGCUGGCUUGGACCCUGCAGUGCUAGCUUACUCUGUGCAAGGAUUGUAUACAGAUUGUACGUAGAAAGCUAGCAUAUCAGGACAUUGGAUGGUUUGGACCCUGCAGUGCUAGCUUUCUCUGUGCAAGGAUUGUAUACAGAUUGUACAUAGAAAGCUAGCAUAUCAGGACAUUGGAUGGUUUGGACCCUGCAGUGCUAGCUUUCUCUGUGCAAGGAUUUCCCCCCACCGUGGAGGAGCAUUCAUGAAUUCCCAUCCUCCCCAGUGGCUCUCCAGAGCGGCACAAGCCAAGCGCCUCCAUAAACAGUAAGCCUGUAAGAAGACACAACCACAGAAGAAUGUGGGAUUUUUGGGGGGGGGGGUAAACCUUGUGAGGUUUAUUUCAAAGAAUAAAAUGAGCAUGCCAGUAUUCAACUUGGAGAGGGAGGGUGAUGGGAGGUGAAUCGAUACCCAGCUAGAAGCCAUGUGGUCUGUUUAGGGUUUUUUUUUUUUAAUGUAUUGUGUGCCCAAUUCUGCAACUUCCCUGCGCAGCAUCCUGUCUGAAUUUUCACUGUGGGGAAACCUUGGUUCCUUAAGCACCCAUAAACUACAGAUAAUGGCUUCCAUGUGCCUUUUUCUUUUGGUCUCUUGAUGAAAAUCGCAGGAGUCAGAAGCUCACUUUUUUUCUAAAAAGACAUCGCGUGCUUUAAGAAGGGAGAUGGGGCCGGGGGAAAGUCGGGACGAUCUAGCUCAACCUGGGGGUGGAAUUAGAUCAAGGUUCCCAACCUCAGGUCCUCCAGGCGCCGCUGGACUACUACUCCCAUCAACCCCAGGGGAUGAUGGGAGUUGUAGUCUGGCGUGUAAGGACCCGAGGCUGGGGAAAGCUGAAUGAGAUAACACUAAAUAAAAUUGUGCCUCAUUCUAUUUUCUCAAUCGCUGAAUCACACGCUCGGAUAGCAUGUCACACCAUUCUGGAUAUAUGUUACAUCGCUUUGUCUUUUUCUCUCUUUUUGUACAAUGAUUUAAGUUAUUUAUAAACGAGUCUGGGGUGGGGGAAACAUCGGUACCCCACCCCACCCAGAGUCUUAAAGGCCCCGUGUCUGGCCUGUUGUCCGAAUGUAUCAAUCGUAUCGUUAUUAAAGUGUAUUGAAACGACAA